AUGUCCCCGGGUCACUCCUCGGCCCACAGCGGCGUCUGCAGCUCGAGCGGCGAGGAACGCCUCCAACAGAAACCUAUCCUUGCCAACACCCCAACGAACGUCUCCCACAAGAACUACGCUUCUAUAAAACCAGAUAGUUCUUACAUAAAAGAACCUGAAUCUGUCAUUUCUGAGAAUAACGAGAUGGUUAUGUGUUCUAAUGAAGAGGUCAAUGAACCGUAUCUAAACACUAUCGAAACACUAGACAUACAACAUAUGGAGGUGAAUCCUGGAGCUUACGUGGAACCAGCGGAAAUUGAGAGCAAACGCCGUCCUCCAACGCCGGUGUUCAGUCGACCGCAAACCCCGAGGAGCUCAGCAAGUCGACCGCAAACUCCUCGCCAAGUGCCGACCCCAAGGGUUCCAACCCCUCGCAGCCGCCCCAACACCCCACAGAAGAGUGCUCCGCGAGUCAAAACACCCACACCGCAACCUCGCCCCUCAACCCCCAGCUCGCAAGUUAACAGCGACGAUCUUAUAGCAGUCUACACCAACAAAAAGAAGCAAUACCAUCGCUUGAAAAAGGAACUCGACCUCAAACAACAAGCCGUGCUAGAACUCUUCGAAUCCUUGCGUGAUCUGCGGCCCAAGCUGCCGGGAGAGCAGCCAGUGGCAGUGGAAGGAGAGCUGGUGGUGUUUAACGUGGCGGACUGGGCGCCUGAAGAGGUGACACAACUGUGCAAGGACGCUGCUGCCUCCUCCUACAACGAAGGCACCAUAGAGCUUAUCAAUACUGCCGCUAUAGAUGAACACGCAUUGGGAGAAGUGGAAACGAAAGUGUUGAACAUUCCUGGAUAUUUUGCGGAACUAUGUCUCCAAGCGUUCACAGCACGUCAGGAACUGAUUGAUUGGAUUAAGGAUUUGGUCGAAAAAAAGGAAAUUGUGAACGAGGAAGCUAUGGAGCGAAUUUCUAUUUACAACAAUCAGGGCCUACAUUUGUGUGAAACUCUGCGAGAGUUGAAGUCCAAAGCUGAUGAGGCUGUGAAUACUGUAACGCUGUUGUUGAAACGAGCUAGCAAUGAACGUUCAACCCUUGUAACAGUCGGGGAGUCUUUAGUACGAGAAGUUGCAAGACUACGUCAGGAUCUGGAAAGCCGCUCUGUGGUCGUGGAAGAAAUACAUGAACCACGCGUCGACCCGGAAAUGAAUAAGGCUCUAGAGGAUCUGCGUAGUGAAUUAGAAGAGGAACGGAUUGCCAAAACGGCAAUGAAAGAAAAGUUGGCCAACUCCGAAACGCAACUGCGACAGAUGCGUUUGCGGAUUUCCAAAAUGGACCGACAGCUUCGGGAGGCAGAUGCUAGUAUAAUAAGUCUGACAGAAACUGUUAAGUCUUCAGAAGACAAGAUUAGGCAAAAAGAAGUACAUUUUGAGGCCAGAGCGAGAAAGUUAAAAGAAACUUUAAAAACUGGAGAAGUAGCAAGCAACCAUUUGGCGCAACAACGUGACGCUCUGCAAAUAGAAGUAAAUCAACUUAAAGACCAAAUACAAGCAAUGAUGGUUCAGCAUAAAAGUGACGUUCAAGAAUUGAAUCAAAGAAUAAAGGAUUUGACGUUUACUCUAGAAGAAAAUAAAAUAACGACACAGACUCUGCUUGAAGAAAACCAAAAUCUUCAAUCACUUCUGACUGAAAGCAAACAAUACGCUGAGGAAUUGAAAACCAAAGUAACUGAUCUGGAAAAUAGUAAACCAAAUCCAGACUUGCCAACCGAAAGAGAAAUGGAUUUAUGGGCGGAACUACAAGCAACUAAGGACACACUGCGAAUGACAGAAGACGAGAUCACAGCUUGCAAGAGAGAGAAAAUACGCUUUCUGGAGAGCCUAUCAAAGAUCGCUGAAUCCGACGAUAAAAUUGGAUUACAACAAAAGUUAUCCGCCGAGCUGCUCAAUAAAGAAGAAAUAUUAUCAAAAAUGCAAACACAAAUACGAGACUUAACUAAGAAUAUAAAACUAAAUGAACAAAAGGUCAUUCAAUAUGAACAGUUUGUCAGAGACAUACAAGCACACAACCGAGCUGUGGCCAACUGUAAGGAAGCACCCAACGGCAUCAGCUAUGAAGAUUUACAACAGGAGAUUAUGAACCUCAAGAUGAGCCUCUUAGACGCAGUCCACCGUAAUGAUGAACUGUCUGAAAUCUUGGCACAGAAGGAGCAGCAACUAGAACACCAGGAUAAAACGUCACGUGCCCAGACGAAAGUCAUUAAGGUUCGCGAAGAGUUGAUCAAUUUGCUUAAAAACAAAGAGACCGAGCAGAGCCGGGAGCUCGCUGGAUUACAACAGGACUUAGAGCAUCGAAUGAGAAUAGUUGACGAAGUGAACAAGCAGAUAGCAGAAAAGGCGGACGAGAUUCAAGAGCUGUUUAGUACGUUAGAGAACAAACAACAGCAAAUACAUCGCCUGGAAAAGAUUGUGCUGGCGUUGGAGGAGCAGCAGCGACGGGCGCAAGCUCAACGGACGCGGCACGAGGAGAAAAUUGCAGCAUUAGAACACGAGCUAGCAGCUGGAGGGAUCAGAAAGGAACGGUUUAAAUACUAUCCCCCCGAUUUCGAUCCGUCAAAAAUCCCUCGUAUGAAAUUGGCUAAAAAUCGCCAAUACACGGUAAGACUGAUGGCUCCAUUCAACAUGAGAUGCGCUACUUGUGGAGAAUAUAUUUAUAAAGGAAAAAAAUUUAAUGCUCGGAAAGAAGAUGUCGAAAAUGAGGAUUAUCUUGGUAUAAGAAUAUACAGAUUUUAUAUAAAGUGCACCCGAUGUUUACAAGAGAUAUCAUUCAAGACCGACCCAAAGAAUACUGAUUACGAGAUAGAAGCCGGCGCCACGAGGAACUUUAUGGCCUUGAAACUGGCCGAGGAACAGGCCAAGAAAGAGGAAGACGAACAGAAAGAAGAAGAAGCCAACAACCCCAUGAAACUCUUAGAAUACAGAACGGAACAGUCUAAACAGGAGAUAGAAAGAUUGGAGAGUUUGGAGGAGCUCAAAGAAUUGAACCGGAGACAGAGAACAGUUGACUAUGAGGGGAUGUUGAAGCAGUACCAGGGGGAGACGGCUGAGGAGAGACGAGCCAGGGAAGAGAGGGAGGACGAUGACUUUAUUAAAUCAGUAAAAUUCAACAGCAGUCUGAAACACAAGAUUGUAACCGAAGAGAUCAUAGAAGAGUGUGAGGAAGACGGACCCAGGACUAAAAACAUUAAAAUAGAUGAACCCUCGGCCAGGGUCACCGACCACAAGAAGAAUGAAGCCUGGAAAAGGAGUUUAGGAGUCACCAGGAAACCAUUAACUAACCUGGUCAAAACAAAGAGGGCAGACGGAACCAGUAGUGAUAGAACCCUGACAGACAAGAAGGAUAAGGAACCGAGUGCCAAAGCCACUGGACUUGCAUUACUAGCGAGCUAUUCAGGCAGUGAUAGCGAUUAA